ACCAUUGUUCGAUAAAAACCCGAUACGAAAAGUAUUAUUUUUUUCUCAGCUUAUCAUUCGAUAUGAUGUUUAUUCGAUAUCUCUCAGUUGAUACCGAAAUUUGCGAAGUGCUAGUGUGAAAAAAUGUCGCAUGUGAGGUACAAAAAGCCCAAAAUUGAACUUUUGCUUCUUCUACUCACAUUGAGUAGAAUAUCACUAACUGAUUGUUUCAAACUGACUAAAGGAGAUGAUAGAGUUGGUUUCCAAGGGAAAGAUGAUUUUUAUACACUGACUUUAGACGAGAAUUUAAGUGACAUAGUUUUAUUCCAUAUUGAAGAUGCCAACAUAAUAAGCAGACUGGAUCCACAAAAAUCUUGCUCUGAUUUAGAGAACAGUGACGCAUACACAUUUAACAGUACAACUUUCACUUUGGAUUUACCACUUGAUUAUGAAAAAGCUGGUUGUAGAGAAACGAGGAAUAGUUUAUAUGAUGAUAAAGGACAAUCCGUAACAUUUAAAAUCGUUUUGAAUAAUUUAGAUGACAAUGUACCUCAGUUCGAUAUUGGCGAAAGUUGUAAAUUGAUGGAAAACACACCCUAUACGAAGGAAAAUACAACAUGCAGUAUAAACAUGAUGGAUUUAGAUGGUAUGAUGGAUGACGCUCAUCUAUCGCUAAAUGAAAAUUUUGGAUUAUUCGAAGUUGAUUUCCAUCCUACACCUUCAUCAGAUGAUCAAAAUGCUAAAGUAGUUAUUUACUUGACAGACAAAAAAAUGUUAGAUUUCGAAAAAAAAUACUCCUAUGUUCUAAAGGUGAAGGCUAAGGAAGAAAUUCAAUCAGCAGAAGUCCAAAUAGUAAUUGAUGUAGGUGAUGAACCUGACGAGCCACCUAAGUUCACCAAAAUGAUCACAACGGAACAGUUCGAAGAAAACACUGAUCAGGUCUUUAUGGUAUCAGCUCAAGACGGCGAUGUUGGAAUAAAUAGUCCAAUAAUAUUUAAUAUAACUAAAAAUGGAUGUGACAAAUUUGGUUGUUCUAUAACUAUUUCUGAAAACGGUGAAAUAACCGUAACAAACGUUGAUAGAGAAGAAACAGGAGACACCAUACCAUUAACAAUCGAAGCUAUAGAAACUGAUGAUAAUACAGCAACACCUCUCAGCAUAACGUUUUUCAUAAUCGAUCAGGAUGAUGAAAUUCCACAAAUAAUAAACGAUGAUUGGAAUGUAACCAAGGAUGAAGGCUACAAAGGCACUAUAACGAAAUUUAAAGUGACAGAUAUGGACUUGAGUACCUUCGGAACUUUUUCUAUAUCGAUAGAUACUACAGGGAGUUCGAUCGAUUAUUCCAAGGCUUUUGAAUUAAUACCCACUUCUGGCUAUCAAAGUGCUACAUUUUCUAUGAUCGUUAAAAAUUCUUCUCUGCUCGACUAUGAAAAUAAAGAUUGGAAAACAAUUAAAUUCAAUAUUUUAGCAAUAGAAGAAGCAGACAACACACAUAAAGAUUCUCAUGAACUAAUUAUAAAUCUGAGAGAUGUAAACGAUGAAUACCCGGUUUUUGUGAAUGAAGAUAAUUCUGUGGAUAUUCCUGAAGAUAUUAAGGCUGGUCAAAUGAUUUUCAAUGCAAAUGCUGUAGAUGCAGACGCAGGGGAUGUGGUUUCGUAUGAGAUAAAGAGUGUCUGGCAACAAAAAUUAGAAAUAAGUAAAGAUGGAAAGAUAACAACCAAAAUUGAUAAUGCGUUCGAUUACGAACAACAGCAGGAAGUUAUAAUAACAAUUCAAGCCUCAGACAAAGUUCAUCACAUCACUAGUAAAACCCUCACGAUUAAUGUACAAGAUGUAGACGAUGAACCUCCAGUCCUAAGAGUGUACAUGACUAAUGACGAUAGAAUGGUACAAAUUCCAGAAAAUUCUGCAGACGGAACUAUUGUGGAAGGUAUUUCCAUUAAUGUCACUGACCCUGACACAGAUCCAAAACUGAAACUAGAAAUUGAUUGGCAACAUUCUUACGUUACCAAAAAUGGUAAUAUGAAAAAGUUUGAUGAACAUAUAUACCAGUGUUUUUCUGUGCAAUCUACAUCAACAAAUAAACAAACACUAAAUGGAAUCAUUACUAUUAAAAAGACAGAAACACAGGAAUGUCCAGAUUUCGAGAAAUUUGAUGCAAUAGUACUCAAUCUCAAGGCCAUCGAUGAAAAUACCAAAUUAGGGGAUGAUUCGACAACAGUUCCUGCUACAAUCAAUAUUGGGGAUUUGAAUGACAACACACCAUAUUUUAUAGAUUCUUCAUUGAAGGAUUUAGCAGUUACAGAUGGUACUAAAGAUGUAACUAAAAUCGGAGUGAUCUCUAGCCAUGAUGAUGACAUCAGUGAUGAACCUCUUUACUCUAUCACGCCACUUGACACUACUGCUGACUGGGUAGAUAUUGAUGAGAAAACCGGACAACUUACUGUCAAAAAAGGUGUGGAAAUAGAUUGUGACAAACCGAAAAGAAAAGAUAUAAAAUUCAUUGUCACAGUAAAUGAUACCAUACACGUUAAUAAAACACAGCUCUCCAUUAGAAUCGAUGAUACAAACGACGAAUAUCCACAAAUUAUUUAUGAUCAUACAGAGGAAAAAAUCGAUGAAUUAUCCACAAAAGGCACUGUAGCUACUUUGAAGUCUACUGAUGACGAUAGAGAUGAUCCAAACAAUCGAGUUGUUUUUAAGUUCGAAACUAACUUAACGAACGAAGCCUCAAAUAGAUUUGCUAUAAGCAGUGAUGGUAUUGUAUCUGUUGCAUUGAGGAAUGGAGCCAUACUAGAUAGAGACAACGGAGCUGGUAGUUACAUUCUGCCGAUUGUGGCAUAUGACAACCCAAAUGGAAUUUUACAGCACACUGCUCACGUAGAUUUGAAGGUCAUUCUAAACGAUUUGGAUAAUAACAUACCUGUAUUGGAAGAGAAAACUCUGGAUUGUGUGGAAAAUUUGAAGAAAGAUGAAAUACUUGGUAAUAUCAUCGCCAUUGAUCCUGAUGAAGAUGGUCCAAAUUCGGAUGUCACAUUUGAUUUGACAACUGUUGUACCCAUCAAUAAUGAAAAUAAAAAUCAAUUAGAUGAAGAAUUCUUCAAUCUGGCUAAAACUGGUGCUAAAACUGCUACAAUCAAAAUAGUGAAGAAUUUGGAAGGCUAUUGGGGUGUGUACAAUUUAACCAUAAGGACCAAAGACAAGGGUAAUGCAGAAAAUUUCAAGGACAACAUAAUCACACUCACUGUGGACAAGUUCAAUUUCAAGCAACCCGUCUUCGAUUUUCCAAGUACAGAUAAUGACAAAAAAAUCACCAUUGAUAAGGAUAACAUAGUUCCAAACAGUAUCAUCACACUUAUCAGUGGAGAACCGCUGAAACACAUAGAUGUCAAUGAUCAACAAGAUCAUAAGUGGAUUGUGACAUUCGAGUUAAAAAACGUAGAUGGAGAAGACUUUUUCACAGUAAAACGAUCAUCUUCUCAUUGGAAAGCGGAUCUUAUGUUGACAAGAUCACUAUCUGAACAAGAAAUGGCUGAAACUUAUUAUGUCACCGUUAACGCUGCUGUAAAGGACGAUAUGAAGAGUGGGGAAGAGGCGGUAUCUGUGGAAACCAAGUUCACGAUAAACUUCUACAGUUUAUCUCAACAGCCAGAAUUUGACAAACAUCAAGCUUCAAUCAGAAUGGCAGAAGAAGAUUCUACUAUAUCAAUGCCUAUACCUGAAAUAGCACAUAUACCCUUAAACCUGGACCUUAAACCGUAUUAUUUCAUUUCUGUAACCUCGGAUACCUUUAAAGUUGAUCCUGAUGAUGGAACUAUAAGUUUGAUACAACCACUUGAUUAUGAGCAGAAAAUACAGUACACUAUAGAAAUAAUUGCUAUGAACAAGAAAACUCCUCCUAUAGAACCACCAUCACCAGAUGCUCUUAACGUCUUGCAUCUAACAAUAAAUGUUAUUGAUAUAAAUGAUAAUGCACCAAUUUUCCAUCCCAAUAAGUUUACUGGAGCUUUCUUGAGAACUUACGCCAAAGGUUCUACAAUUUUGACUGUUAAUGCGACUGAUGCUGAUCCGACACUCCAAACCCUCGAGUAUAGUUUGAAAAAUUUCGAUUGCUCUGAAACUUUGAAGGUACCUACAGAAAAUUCCUUUGCUAUUGGUCCUUUUGACGGUAAAAUCACCAAUUUAUUCACUGUGACUUCAGACAUGUCCGGAUAUUGCAAUUUCAUAGUGGAAGUCAUGGAUCAGAAAUCAGAAGUUUUAAAUGAUAAAGUCCAUACCGUGGAUACGACUGUUCAAAUAAAUGUCAUUAGUAAUGAUGAGCUGGUGAAAUUCACAUUCUUGAAUCCAGACUGGUAUGUGAACCAAGAAUUAGAUACUGUUACUUCAUUGAUUAAUGACGCCUUCAAAGAAUACAACUAUAAAUGUUUCCUCGCUGAUCUCACCUAUGAUUCAGAAUGGCACAAUACAACAGCCCAUUUUUAUUUCACGAACAGUCAGGCAGAACCUGUUCCUGCUGAAGAAAUUUUGGGUAAUCUGACUGAUCCAACCAAAUACUCAAGUCUAACGAAAGAACUUGAGUCUGUUGAUGUCCACCUGUCCUAUUUUUCUAAUGAGAACGUCACAAAGGUUGUUGAUGAUUACCUGAAAAUUUGGAUGAUAACAGCCAUUUGUGUUCUUGGUUCACUUCUGGCAAUUGUGACCAUCAUCUUCUACUUCAGAAACAGAGCGCUCACCCGAAGAAUAAACAACCUUUCAACUACCAAAUUCGGAUCUCAGGAAUCAGGAUUGAAUAGAGCAGGAGUGACAUCACCAACGACCAAUAAAAACGCAAUUGAGGGAUCGAAUCCAGUAUUCAAUUCGGAGAAUUAUAUCAAAGAAGUGGAAGAAGACAGGAUAAGUGUUCGAAGUGGCGAUUCUGAUCUACUGGGCAUCGAAAACAACCCAAAUUUCCAAUUCUGAAGGAAAUAAGUAUCACAUGUCGACUUCAUACAUUUCUUUAUGAAAGAUAUACAUAUUUAUAAAAUGUACAAAUAAACUAAGCGUAAUAAAUUGCUAGCGAUAUUAUUAUUAUUAUUAUGGAUAACUGUCAUACUGUAAAAAACAUUGUAAAAUUAAUAUAGUAUAUCAUUGA